CUAUAUAAGCUUAUAGUAAUAGACGGGAAGUUUUAUAUACUAGCUUUACUAUAUAGUAAUACUAUCUUUCGUUUAAUCUUUAUAAAGCCCUUUUAUAUAGGGGAUAUUAAGGUUAUUACUAAUAACCCCGAAUCUAAACCUAUUCCCGAAUUUUAUAAUAAAGCCGAAAAUAAUAUAAAUAAUAACUUAUAUAAGAAUUCCUAUCAAGUUAAAAUUACUAGCCUUCUAGAAAAGAAUAUUUUUAAAAUUAUUUCCAGAUCUCAAAUACUAAAGGAAAUAUAUAUUUUUAACUCCCGGUUUAUUAAUAAGAUUAAGAAUAAGAAUAUAAAAAAAGAGUUUAAGAAAUCGAGACUAGUUAUCUAA